UAGAGAUAUAAAUAAUGGUAUUUAUGAAAAUUUUGCCCUAAUAAGAAGGGAGAAGCUUAGGGUGUAAAACGCCAAAUACCGAGCAAAACUGCACCUUCCCUAUCUGAACACUGCUAAGUUAUCAAUUUGCAUCUAUUGAGAUUACUGUCUGGCUGCAAGAAAUACUGUUGUUUGAUUGAGAUAAUGGAGCGUAGUGAAGAUAUGAACCUCGAUACAGACAUCUGGAGCCUGAAUGAUCAAGACAGCAAUGCGAUUAUAUUACCAGACAAGAAAAAGAAGAAGAAGAAAGGAAAGGAACAGGUGUCCAAAAAGCUUAAACCGAAGAAUAAUAUUAAGUUAAGCCAAUCACAGAAAAAAAAGUUGAAGAAAAUCGAGGAAGACAAGGAGAAGGCAAUCCUUUUAGCAGAAAGCAUUAAGACCUUGAAGAAGCACCAGAUCCAAGAUGAUCUUUAUUCACUUAUGUGGUCUUCAAGGAACUUAGGUCAGGGUGAAACUAGCCGAGAAAAGCGUAGAAGAGAAGUGCAGUAUUCUAGGGCAGGGUUAGAUGUGCCACAUAGAGAUCGGCCAGUCAAGAAGAGGACUAUUGACGACCUAUCUAGUGAUGUCUUGCAAGAUUCUGAAGAAAUGCAGUCGAGUCCAAUAGUCAAUGGCAAUCUUUUGCAGUCCUCCAUAGGAGAAGGUGAAGUCCCAAGUGAUACACCAGUCGUACCAGGGUCUUCUGAGGAGUUGGCUUGUCAGAGUGGACUUUUAGUAUGCGGUAGAGAUGCUUCUGUGCGAAAUAAGCAAGAAGAGGAUAGAACUGCAGAAUGUUUAAAGUCAGAUUAUGAUUGUCAUAAAGAAGAAAGGGGGAAACCAACGGAUGGUGCCAAGGCUGUUCAAAAUGCCAGUCUCAGCAAUAGUAGCAACUCAGCUAACUCUCUUCCUCAAAGAGCUUUAACAACUCCAACUGUGGUGCAUGUUUCAAGACCAAAGGAGGUUGAAAAUAACAGGAGCGAUCUGCCGAUAGUCAUGAUGGAGCAGGAGAUAAUGGAAGCUAUAAAUGACAACACUUGUGUAAUAGUUUGUGGUGAGACUGGUUGUGGCAAGACAACCCAAGUUCCACAGUUCCUUUAUGAAGCUGGCUAUGGUACAAAUCAUUCCAAUGGUCGUGGUGGUAUUAUUGGUGUGACUCAACCACGCCGUGUUGCGGUACUUGCAACUGCCAAGCGAGUGGCAUUUGAGCUUGGUCUUCGUCUUGGCAAAGAGGUUGGUUUCCAAGUUAGACAUGACAGGAGGAUAGGAGACAAUUGUUCCAUAAAGUUCAUGACUGAUGGAAUUUUGCUUCGGGAACUGCAGAAUGAUUUUCUUUUAAGGCGUUACUCGAUCUUAAUCUUGGAUGAGGCUCAUGAGAGGAGCUUGAACACCGAUAUACUAAUCGGUAUGCUUUCUCGUAUAGUAAGAGAGCGUCAGAAAGAAUAUGAGGAGCAACAGAAGAAGCUUCUUUCAGGACAAACAAUAAGCCCUGAAGAGAGAGUUUAUCCGCUGAAACUUGUGCUGAUGAGUGCUACACUUCGAGUUGAGGACUUUAUAUCUGGCAGAAAAAUUUUCUGUGAUCCUCCCCCUGUAAUGGAAGUCCCCACUCGCCAAUACCCAGUGACUGUUCAUUUCUCCAAGAGAACUGAGAUGGUGGACUAUGUUGGCCAGGCAUAUAAAAAGAUAUUGUCAAUUCACAAGAGAUUGCCACCUGGUGGUAUACUUGUGUUUGUGACAGGGCAAAGGGAAGUUGAAUACUUGUGUCAAAAGCUGCGCAAAGCUUCUAAGGAGAUAGUUGAGAGAGCUUCCAAAGAGAAUAAUGAGCUAUCUUUGGUAUCUGAAGGGAAUGCCAUCACGGAGAAGGUUGACAAGGAGAUAAGUGAGGCAUUUGAUGUUGAAAGGAGUUCUGUAAAUGAGAUAACUGAACGCUUUAAUACCUAUGAUGAGGAUCAUGGUGAAUCUUAUGAAGAUGACUCAGAAGUUUCCUAUGAUUCAGCAGAUGACAGUGAUUUGGAUGUUUAUAGUGAUGAUGCAGGGCUGCUAAACCCGAAGUCUCCAAGCUCUGAUGGUAAGUUAGAUGUCUUAGGUGAGGAGGGAAGCCUUGCAUCACUGAAGGCUGCUUUUGAAGCUUUGGCCGGUAAAAGGACAUCAGAACCUGAUUCCUGCGGAAAGGAACUUGUUCCUAUCACUGAAGAAGGGGCGGCCUCAAAUGAAUCUGAACCUCUGUUAAGCAAGGUUAGGAUUGGGGCUAAUGGGACUUGUGCUGGUCCGAUGUGUGUUUUACCUCUUUAUGCUAUGCUUCCGGCAUCCGCACAGCUUCGUGUGUUUGACGAGGUCAAGGAAGGAGAACGCCUAAUUGUUGUUGCCACUAAUGUGGCUGAAACCUCAUUGACCAUUCCUGGUAUAAAAUAUGUGGUUGACACAGGCAGAGAAAAGGUCAAAAAGUACAACUCUUCUAACGGUAUGGAAGCAUAUGAAAUACAAUUUAUAAGUAAGGCUUCAGCUGCUCAGCGUGCAGGAAGGGCAGGAAGAACAGGUCCUGGGCACUGUUAUCGGCUUUAUUCUUCUGCAGUCUUCAAUGACAUGUUCUUUGACUUCUCAAAUGCAGAAAUAUUGAAAGUACCAGUUGAUGGCGUUGUCCUACUUCUGAAGUCCAUGCAUAUUGAUAAGGUUGCUAACUUCCCUUUCCCGACUCCUCCUGAGCCAACAGCCUUAGUUGAAGCAGAGCGUUGCUUAAAGGUUCUAGAAGCACUCGAUAGCAAUGGCAGGCUGACACCUCUAGGGAAGGCCAUGGCCCAAUAUCCAAUGAGUCCUCGCCACUCCCGUAUGCUCCUUACAGUAAUCCAAAUUAUGCAAAAGGUGAAAGAUUAUUCCCGCGCAAACACAGUCUUGGCUUAUGCAGUUGCAGCAGCUGCAGCUUUGAGUUUGUCAAAUCCUUUCCUUAUGGAGCUUGAAGGAAAGUAUAAAGAUCUAGAUGAUCUGAAACAAGAUGAGAAACCAGGUUCAGCAGAAAGUGAGAGAGACUUGGGGAAAGAGGAAAGAAAGAGGAUAAAAAAGCUGAAAGAAAUUGCUAGAGUGUCUCGUGCAAAAUUUUCAAACCCCACCAGUGAUGUUUUGACCGUGGCAUAUGCUCUACAAUGUUUUGAACUCUCUGGUAAACCACUGGAAUUCUGCAAAGACCACACGUUACAUCUUAAAACAAUGGAGGAAAUGUCCAAGUUGAGGAAGCAGCUUAUUAAUCUCGUUUUUAACUCCAAAUUAUGUGAUUCACAGCAAAAUUUCUCAUGGCCUCAUGGUACUUUGGAAGAUGUAGAAUGUGUUUGGAGGAUUCCUUCAAACAAAUGUCCUCUUCAACUGAAUGAGGAGGAGAUUUUGGGCCAAGCUAUUUGUGCUGGCUGGGCUGACAGGGUUGCUAAACGCAUUAAGGAUGUUUCAUCCUUAUCGGAAUCUGACCGAAAAACUCAUGCAGUUCGAUAUCAGGCCUGCUUGGUGAAAGAAAUCGUAUUCCUACAUCGAAGGUCAUCUAUUUCUAGAUCUGCUCCACAAUAUUUAGUCUACACUGAACUACUGCAUACAAAAAGGCCAUAUAUCCAAGGAGCGACUAGCGUGAAAGAGAAUUGGCUCAUUAAGUAUGCUCCGUCCCUGUGCAGUUUUUCUGCUCCUCUCUCAGAUCCAAAGCCUUAUUAUGACCCACUGAAUGACCAGGUCCUCUGUUGGGUGAGUCCAACUUUUGGUCCUCAUCUAUGGAAGCUUCCUCUGCAUUGUUUGCCAAUCGAAGAUGAUAUCAGCCAGGUGGCAGUAUUUACUAGUUCCUUGCUUGAAGGCAAAGUUCUGCCUUGCCUAAAAUCUGUACAGAAAUUCUUGGCAGCCUCACCAGCUAUCAUUUUGAAGCCUGAGGCAUCAGGCCUUAAGCGGGUUGGCAGUCUUUUAAACAAGAUGAGGAUCAAGAAGAGAAGGAUCGAUAGUUGUGCCAAGCUAAGGAAGUUGUGGGAUGAUAACCCUCGAGAUUUGUUUUCAGAAAUUUUGAAUUGGUUUCAGGAAGGAUUUCAUGACCAUUUUGAAGACCUUUGGGCACAGAUGCAACUUGAAGUACUUUUAGACCCAAAAGAACGUUUUUCCAAGAAGGUCAAGAGAGAGAAAAGGAAACCAUGAACUUCCGAUGAUUAGUGAAAUAUUAAAUGCCUUGCAGAAUAUAUGUCUGCUUAUUUUGGUGAUGUGUACUCCAUUGGCGUGUUGGCACAGGCAUAAUAUCUCUGCCAGUGUGAGGUAGAAUUGUCUGCAUUUCUGGAUUUCUAGUAGACUGUUACUGCUUAGAACUUGGAAGCAAUGGUGCUUGCAGUCCAUGUUACGUAACUCAUCAUCAAGUCAAUGGGAUAGAGAUGUGUGGCUCCUAAAAUAACAAGCUUUGAUGCCCAGAAUGAGUUAGAAGAUGAUAUCAAACUCAGAACCAAGGAACUUGAUUUUCGAUUUGGAUGCAAUGACCUAGUUUAGAAAGAAUAGAAGGAUCCAACCAUGACUAAAGCUACAAUGACACUCAUCUUCUAACAUGGAAGAAAACGUGUUCGCUGCAGGUUUGGUUUCAGCUUAUACAAGAAUUCAGAGCUCAUAUGCUUUGCCUUUAGAUUCAACAGUUACUACAGGACAUAUGCAAACUAUUAUACUUGCAAAGAUCCUUAUCAGGCUUCACUCUAUCUAGUUGGUUAGAGAAUUAAAGUUCUUGGGACUGCAUUUAUCUAGAUGGUUGGAGAAUUUAAUGAAAAACUUGUAACGUAUUCUGGCCAAAAAAUAGAACUGUAGAAAUCUAGCUCGUGUUGAUGAUGAUCUUCUCACUAAUCCGAACUACUAAGCAUUUAGAAGAAUUUUAUUUUAUUAUUAUUAUUAUUUCUUUGCAAAUUA